AGGUGCUGUAAGGGCGGAAGUUCUCCUCUGCCCUCUCGUGCCGUCACUUCCUGGUCAUGCUCACGAAGGGAAGUCCCAUCAGGCCUUGCGGCGCAUUGGUGUACAGAGGCUUGCACAGUGUUUGUCCAUCAGCCGGUGACACAUCCUGCUGCAGGGAGACGUCACCUGAAGACCAGCCAUGGAGGUCCAGGUCCUGGAACAUAUCCGGCACUCGCUACUGAGUGACAGAAACAAAGACGUGAUCAUAGACAAGCUGCUGAGUCUCACCAUGGAGAUUAUCUGUCUGCUGACUAGAGAGGAUUUAAUUGUUGUGAGAAAGUCGGGUGACCAGGUGACAGACAUCAGCGCACCCCCUGUGUCAGACAGAAGCAGCGGCACCCAGAGCCCAAACACGGAGGCUCUGCCUCAUGCGCCAACAGAGGAGAGGAACCAUGACAGGAUUUCCCGGGCAACUACUGAAGUAUAUCACAGAGAGACAGGAAAGGUGCCUGGGAAGUGUAAGGAUGUGGAGGUCUCGUUCUCUGUGACAGAGUGGGACUAUUCAGGCGGACACAAAGACGUUGUAAUGGACCCUACGCAGCUUCAUGACUCAGUGGCAGGUGAGUGUAGCUCUAGAAGCCCCCCAGGACGAUGUGAGACCCCUCUGUACUCUGGGGAUUAUAUGAAGGAAGAGAACCGGAUUCUCAUAGUGGAUUAUCAGGCUGAGCCUGGACACAGUAUGUAUCUCCCGCAGUGUAAGGAAGAUGAGCCUGUUCCUGAUCCCACCAGCUCAGGUGGGUGCAGCUCUAGAAAUCCGGCAGACCCCUGUGAGACCCCUCUGUACUCUCCGGGCUGUAUAGAGGAAGAGAACAGGACUGUGACACAGGAAUAUCAGGCUGAACCGGUAGCCUUGAUAUAUUACCAGAAGUGUAAGGAAGAGGCCGUUCCUGCUGAGAUCAGCCCAGAUAAAUCUGUGUGGCCAUUCACCACAGGUGGAUGUAAUCAGACACAUCCGGCCGACCCAUGUGACACCCCUCUCUAUACUCCGGGGUGUAUGGGAGAAGAGAACAGGAUGAUCAGCCAGGAUUAUCAGGCUGUGCCAGGAGACGGGAUGUGUUACCAGCAAUGUAAAGAAGAGGACGUUCCUGCUGAGAUCAGAUCAGGAACUGAGGCCGGUGUAGAGCUGGAUGCUGGUGAUCAUCGGGGGCUGCAGGAAUUCCUCGCAGAGUCCAGUGCAGGUCCGCACGCCUCCUCACCCUAUCCUGAGAUGACGUAUCAGUGCUCGGAGUGUCAGCAAUGUUUCCCUAAUCAUUCAGACCUGUUCACCCAUCAUCAAACACAUAGCACCAGUAAUCUGUAUAGAUGCUCUGUCUGCGGAGUGCGUUUCAUAUCCAAAUUGUCUCUUACCACCCACCAGCGAUGUCACACCGAGGACCAACUGUCUCAUUGUCACGGUGGGAAAUUAUCUCAUAAGAGGUCACUUCUACUGUCACAUAAGGGAGCUCACAACAGGGAGAGACCAUUUGCAUGCCUGGAGUGCGGGAGAUCUUUUACCAGAAGGUAUGGCCUUACUAUGCACCAACGGCUACACUCUGGCGUGAAACCUUUUCACUGCAUGGAAUGUAACAAGAGCUUUGUCACAAAAUCCAGCCUUGUCAAACAUCAGCGCACUCACACUGGUAUGAGGCCGUUUUCCUGUAUGGAAUGCGGGAGAUCUUUUACCAGCAGCUCUGCCCUUAUUGAACACCAGCAGAUUCACUCUGGUGAUAAGCCGUUUAAAUGCUCAGAGUGCGGCAAAUGUUUUGUUCGGAAAUUCAACCUUGUCACACAUCAGCGCACUCACACCAAGGAGAAGACAUUUUCCUGUUUGGAUUGCGGGAGAUGUUUUACCAGCAUGUCUGACCUAACUGAGCACCAGCAGAUUCACGCUGGCGAGAAGCCAUUUCAGUGCUCAGAAUGUGGGAAACGUUUUGUUCGGAAAUUCAACUUGGUCACACAUCAGCGCACUCACACGAGGGAGACUUUUUCCUGUCUGAAGUGUGGGAGAUGUUUUACCAGCAGGUCUGCCCUUACUGUGCACCAGCAGAUUCACUCCGGUGAGAAGCCAUUUAAGUGCUCAGAGUGCGGCAAAUAUUUUGCCCGGAAAUUCAACCUCGUCACACAUCAGCGCACUCACACCAGGGAGAAGACGUUUUCCUGCGUGAGGUGCGGGAGAUGUUUUACCAGCAGGUCUGCCCUGACUGUGCACAAGCAGAUUCACGCUGGAGAGAAGCCAUUUAAGUGCUCAGAGUGCGGCAAAUGUUUUGCGCGGAAAUUCAACCUUACCACACAUCAGCGCACUCACACCAGGUAGAAGCCGUUUUCAUGCACGGACUGCUGCAAGUAAUUUGUCCAAAGAUCCAAUCUUGUCAAACAUUGGUGCACUCACACCUGGGAGAAGCCAUUUGCGAGUUCCCAAUGCGACCUCUGCUUUUCUAAUGGCUCAAGUCUUGGUUGACAUCAGAGUUCACUCCAGUCUAGAUGAAUAAACUGUCCGUUACAUACAUAACAAGACUUGUUUUAAGGAACUGGAAAAAAUAGGGGAAAUCUUUUCCUGCAAAAAUGCAUAAUGAAGGGGCAGGGCUGUGUUUUUAGGUCCUCAGUCCUGCACAUGUAGAAGGUGCUGUAUCCAGUUAUGGGUCCAUCUAAUAAUGCGCAUAGUGGAUACAGUGAAAACAUCACUUGAAUAAUUUUUUGGGUUUGUGUUAUUUUAAGAGUGAAGGGACAUCGGAACCGUCUCCAUUACUUCUGCGACUUUUUGAGUGUAUGAAUGUAAUGAUUACUUUGGGUCAUCCUCUCCCUUGAGAAGAACAACUGUAGUAUACAAAGUGCACCCAUCUUUUCAGAGGAGCUGGAAAAGUCCUCUUGCUGAGCGGAGAGGCUGCAUUUUUUUCCACCUCGGGAAAUGACACUCUAAAAAUACCUUCUCCUCGCCUUCAUAUUAUUCAUUGAAUCCAGUCCUGUUAAAAUACUAAUCUGCACCCCUUUCCACCCACCUACUGUCAGAUUUAUACCGCUUUCAGACCUAAUAUAGCGGGUUGCAGCCGGGAGCCUGACACGGGUGCUACCCGGCCGCGACCCGCGUCAGCCCCCUUUCACACCGGACUCGCCAGCCCGGCAUAUUGCCGGGUUGGUGACGUUUCCGGUGACGCGAAGGGGGCGGCGCUUGGAGAUCACAUGAUCUCCAGGCGCCGCCCGCACAUAGACUGCAAAACUGGACAUUUGUGCAAGAGGAGGACAGGUGAUAUCACACAACAGCAUUAGCACUCAUUUUGUUGUGGAACAUUAAAAAUAAUUAAACUUUGUAGUUCAGGCCUGGACAACCUGGGGCUCUCCAGCUGUUGUGAAACUAUACACAGGGCCGGUUCAAGGGCGCAGAGCGCCCCGGGCAGGAAAGGGGCGUGGCCUAAUACAGGGGGCGUGGUGAGUCACGCCCCCUGUACAUUGAAAGCGCCGCUUGAAUGCUGAGCGGUGCGCGAUGACGUCAUCGCGCACCGCACAGCAAAAGGUCCUCUCCACGAAGAGAAACUAGACGCUAUGCGUCUAGUUCCCUUCGUGGAGAGGACGUCAUCGCGCACCGCUCAGCAGUUACUCUCCACGAAGGGAAACUAGACGCAUAGCGUCUAGUUCCCUUCACAGGAGGCGCCGGGGACGGCAGCGGGCAGCGGAGGCGGACGGGGGACACAGCGGGCAGCAGUGGCGGAUCUUGCCACGGUGCGGCGCCCUCCGGAUGGCGCCAGCGCCCUCCGGAAGGCGGCGCCCCGGGCAAAAGUCCUGCUUGCCCGUGGCAAGAACCGCCACUGCCUAUACAUCCAAGUAUGACCUUACACAUUCUCUAAUGGCAAAACUGUGGCAUUGAAUGUUGGGUCUUGUAGUUUCACAACAGGCAGAGAGCCACGGGUUGGCCAGGCCCGCUGAAGCUAGUGAGUUAAAAAAAAAAACACCAUUUAAUAUGUCUUGCUGCUUCUCUUCAUUCAGUAUAUUCUCUGCCAUCACAUAGUGGUGGCAGCCAUUUUCUGGGCAAUAGCCCUGACAAUGCAGCCAAUCAGCUCACUAUGAAUCGGUGACAUCACUGGGGCAGGACACCCAUCUUGUGGUCCUAAGAGUGUAGUAUAUCAUGUGAUGUUCCUAGUGAUACAGAAGAAAAAAAAAUCUCUUGCACUGGGAACAGUUGCGAAAUAGUUACUAUAAGAUGGCCACUAUUGUAUAAUAAUAUCUGGUUAUCAACCAGGGGUUUCUACUGAAGACCCAAGUCAUUGAUGUACACCCACAAGAAGAAAGGAGGAGGUGUGUUUAUUGGUUGACAAAGUUAAAAUGUUUCCUUUAUUUUUUACAUUUAAAGUUUGUCCAUUCUGAAUUUUCAGCAAAAUAUUUGUUAAAAAAAAAAAAGUAGAGUAUAGAAUUGUCAACAAAGAUAGAAAUUGUGCUUAAAAUGAGAAUUAAAUAAUAUUUUUCAUUCAGUACCUCA